AUGUUCAAUCAGCUCGGCGAUAUCAUGGUCGCUCUGAAGAUUGCUAGGGUUGGCAAACAAAUGCCGCGACUGAGUCUCAAGUUCAUUGAUGAGCUUCUUCACAAGAUCGAGUCCGGUGGUUGCCUACCUUACCACCACACCCACGAUCUACGGGGGUCUCUGCAAUGUAUCUUCUCGGCAGAAGACACCACCCUGACUCCGGAUUUACAAUACAUACCUACCACAUCCCAGGCGGGCAGCAGAUGGUGCAGAUCCAACCGUCAGUCCGUCACUGACCCCCUGCCACUGACGGCCCCCCUGUCUCGUCUUCUGCGUGCCCCCGGACGGUAUGAUUUCAUGGAUCUGGAGCGAAUACGUCACUGCAGGAAGAUGGAGCGUGGAGCAGGAGCGUGGAGCUUGCUUCUGCUUGUCGCGUUGCCAGUUUGCUGCGCGCUCCUCGUCUGCGUAUGGCACCUCCCACAUCCCACCAGCCAACCACCACCGACAGCAAGCAGCAAGCACCACAUCACAAGCUCAUCUCAGCCCCUCCCUCUCUUUCUUUCUGCUACCUACUUUGUAGUUGCCAGCAGCAGCACCAGGGAAAGAGUACUUGCCGGCUUCGGUCUGCCUCGACAUCCAGCUGAUGCCUGGUGUGCCUCUUUGAUCCCCCUUCUGCCGAUGCAAGUCAGAAUCAUCCGCGCAACUUUGCUCUGGCCUUCUGCGCUUGAUAAUCGACGAGAACCUCUACAUCAUCACUCGCGUCUCCCUCAGCCAGCUGGCAAGUCCAGCACUUUGCUCAAACCCUCGGGCCUCUACUCCCUCUACACCAUCGUUUACAAGACGGGAUCGACCUAUUGGGCACGGCGCAGAUCCGCUGCCUUAACGGAUACCGGGCACUCGUCAAAGCUGUGCUCCCCCUCCAUCCCACGGUACAUCCCAAAGUCGACUGUUUCUCCCAAGCGACGCGGGGCCGAGCUGGAGUCGCCCUCGGGUUGCGACCACAUGAUUAGCUGCCACACCCAAGGCCAUGGACUCAACCAUCCGGUUUACUGCCCCGUUUCGGGUCACCACCACCUACCUCCUUUGCUCCUCGCUUGGUUUUCUGCUGGCCUCGCCUGGAUACACCUUGACAAGCACACAAGCAAGGCCUUGGUUCAUGAUUUACCCGCCUGUCUAUCUGUAUCCGUAGUGUACCUCAUCGCCUCUCUAUCUCUUCUCCUAACUCUGUACGGUAUACCUGAUACUGAUACUCAGAGGGCUGACUUUUCGGUGAAGCAGAUCAGGACAGGAUUUGGGGAAGUUGUUAUUCUCGGACCUCACGUUGCACAUCACAAAUCAACACUCUCUCGCCCUUUCUCACUUCUCUUCCUCUUGAGACAGACCCCUUCUUCUCUUCAUAUCUUCCCCUGCGGACCAACCUUUCCCUUUUCAACCCUCAUCCUCCGUCCGUCACCCACGUUCUCGUUCCCGGGACCCCUGCUACAUCUAGAACCUCGCAGCCUCUCCUCUGAUGCCACAUCUUUAUUGCUCGUCCCAAUACAUCUAUCGCCUACCCGCAAGAGCGCACUAUCUUAG